AUGUUGCCUUCCUCUCCCCGGAGAAGGUUCGUCACCGGCGUAGGACUGUUGUUGUGCGUGGUGGUACUGUGGACGACGUCGAAUUUCAUCACGUCGGACCUGUUAGAAGGGGGUUAUAACAAGCCUUUCCUGAUCACGUACCUGAAUACGAGCGCCUUUUCGCUCUACCUCUUUCCCUUCCUCUUCAAACGAUGGAACGCGGAACGACGGCAAGGAAUCGCAGAUCGCCUGAUCAGGUCGUUAUCGCCUUCCCCGGCGUUGAUCACCCAUUCGCAAUUACACUCGUCGUUGUCCACCUUGCCAGCUCGCACGGAGGCCGAGUUCCAUACCCAUAACCAGCAAUAUCAUCAUUACCAAUCGGGCUCUGAAUCUGCUAUCGCCGACCCCGACUUUGACGGGGAAUAUCAUUCCGACAACGACAACCCCGAAGUCCAGCUCCAGCCUCUUCCUUCUCAACCAGACCUCGGUCUGACGGGUCAACCGAAACUCACUUCGGGGGAGACGGCACACCUGGCAGCUACGUUUUGUAUCGUCUGGUUUGCGGCUAACUGGACGGUGAACGCUUCGUUGGGGUUGACGAGUGUGGGGAGUUCGACGGUCUUGGCGGGCAUGAGCGGAUUCUUUACUUUGGCUUUGGGGCGGGUGUUUGGGGUGGAGAGUUUCACCAGGGCAAAAGUCUUGGCCGUGCUAGCCAGCUUCAUCGGUCUGGUCCUCGUCACCCAUUCCGACUCGCUGCUCGCUUCCGUCUCGACGACCCUGCCAGGAGACCAACCCGACCCGACGGCACACGUCAAGAGGCCCAUGUGGGGUGAUGCGUUGGCGUUGUUGAGCGCGUUCUGUUAUGCCAUCUACGUUAUCCUCUUGAAGGUCAGGAUCGGGGACGAGGAACGGGUGGAUAUGCAGUUGUUUUUCGGCUUCGUGGGAUUGUUCAAUACCCUCUUCCUCCUGCCACUCAUCCCGAUCCUCUCGGCAUUGGGGGUCGAGACGUUCGAGUUCCCGACGAGGAGACAGGAUUUGAUCGUCUGCGCCGUGAAUAUGGUCAUCACGCUCAGUUCGGAUUAUCUCUACGUGUUGGCCAUGUUGAAGACUACACCUCUAGUCGUGACGAUCGGACUAUCGUUGACGAUCCCGUUCGCCAUGUUGGGCGACUUCUUACGCGGAUCCACUGCGGCCCUGACGAGCCAGGCCAUCCUCGGCGCUUGUCUGGUCAUCGUCGGGUUCGGGCUGAUGGGCCUCGAAGGCCUCGAACAGGAUGAAGAGGCUCAGAUCGUCGCUGUCGAGGUGCAUCCUGGGGAGCAUCGCCGGUACGACGAAGAGGAUGUGGAGAGGGGGAGGAGGUCGGGCGUGAGGGCAGGGUCGGAUUGA